AUGUCUACUGUCCCUGAUACAGAAGUACAGUGUUUCUCACAGCGUGCCGCUGAUGGCAUAUACGAUCGUGUGGCCGACGCAAUAAACAACCUUGGCAAAGACGCUUUAGGAGACGCCGACUUCGGCAUUGAUUGGAUCACGACCGUGCAAGACAAUUACAGCGGGACCAACUGGUCCUAUGUAAAUGCAAAGGAUGGUCACCCAUUCAGGACCAACAUCGUCGGGCAAAUCACAACUUCUUCUUGCGGUACAAAACAUUCUGCGAAAGGAACACACUUCACCAAAAAGAACAAACCACUCGAAGACAGUGAUACAGUCAAAUGGAAAUGGGCCCUUUCUAAGCCCACGAUGUGCUCACCAAAGUUACAAGACAUCUGGGAAAAUCAAUUGACGUCCAUUGAGGAUUGGAUCACCGAGGAAAAAAAGAGGGCAGCGACGGGAUCCAAAGUCAAUGUAUGCAUCAACAAGAGCUCGCAGGACUUACAAUACGCAGAUCUUAUCAUUCUCACUUCUCAACGUAUCUAUGAAAAAUCAGAUGGCAAAAACACGACAUCCGCUGACCAGAACACUGCUCCUCGACGUACGAAACGGAAGGUUGCAAAUGAAAACAGUGCUAUGGAACAACAGUCCACUCCGAUCUCCACAGCUUCCAUUGCGAGCGCGAGCUCAAACACGAGUGUACCAGCACCUACCGCGAACAAAGUCACUGCAGGAGCAUUGUAUGACCCCAGAAUCCUCCCUGACUAUCGCGGAUCCUAUUUUCAAUUAAGGCAGAACAUGCUUCGGCAACUGAACAUCUACGACACUCCAGAGAACAAUCUAAAGCUGAUCCCCAUGCAUGAGACGUACUCGAAAUUGAGACCAGGCACCCUCGUUCUCGCCGUCUGCGAUGCUCACGUAUACAACAUAGUACAAAGUGGCCUGCCCACUAGCACUUUCCAACUCGGUGUACAAGCGAUAAAGGUCCUCGCACCAUCAGAUGAGCCUAUCGAAGAACGCUUCAUCCCUGUACUCUCCACAACAUCGACUGCCCUAAACAAAGAUGAUUCCGCCAUUGCAGCCUUCUCAACCUUCGAUGUCGCGACCAAUCCUACCAAAAAACAGAAAUCUGUUGGCGAACAGAAGAAAGAGGGAAAGGGAAAAGGAAAAGAGAAAGAAAAAAUGGACUGA